GCGUCACCGUGCUCUGCGGUACCCUGAUUGUUCUUCUGUCCCAUCUGCACUGAUCAUCAUCAUCAUUCUGUUUUUCCGUUAUAUUAAACACACGCGGCGAGCUGGUAACGUUAGCAGCAGUUUCGCGUGACAUCUUCACGGUGCUUGCAUCCCAUACAAGGAAUUGAAGUGUAGCGGUUAAAACUCUGGACUAGUAACCAGAAGGUUGUUGGUUCGAUCUCAGCAAGAAGCGAGGCAUGAGCCAUGUCCAUUGUGCCCUUGAGCAAGGCACUUAACCUCAAGUUUAAUUAUAAAAUUGUUUGCAGCCUGUCCACAAAUUUCCAAAACGUAGGAGGCAGGGGAAGAGUUAUUUAUAUUCAUGAGUAUGUAUUCGUUUGGUGGGGUGUCGUCACGUAUCCAUAAGGAGCGUCUGCAGGCAGAGGGGAUGGGAACCAAUGAGAAUGCGGUAAAGUUCCUGAACCAGGACUAUGAGGAGCUGAAGAGAGAGUGUGUGGAGAGCGGCAGGCUGUUUGAGGACCCAUGCUUUCCCGCCGUGCCUCAGUCACUGGGAUUCAAGGAGCUCGCCCCUCACUCCUCCAAAACACGCGGUGUGAAGUGGAUAAGACCAACAGAGCUGUCAAACAACCCUCAAUUCAUAGUGGGCGGAGCCACACGGACAGAUAUUUGCCAGGGGGCUCUAGGUGACUGUUGGCUGUUGGCUGCCAUAGCAUCCCUGACUUUAAAUGACAAGCUCCUUCACAGAGUAGUACCCCAUGGACAAAGUUUUACAGACGACUAUGCGGGUAUCUUCCACUUUCAGUUCUGGCAGUUCGGCGAGUGGGUGGAUGUUGUGAUUGAUGACCGGUUGCCUGUAAAGGAAGGGGAGUUGAUGUUUGUUCACUCAGCAGAGGGAAACGAAUUCUGGAGCGCCCUGCUUGAGAAAGCCUAUGCCAAGCUAAAUGGCUCAUAUGAAGCACUGUCUGGCGGUUCCACCACUGAAGGCUUUGAGGAUUUCACAGGUGGAGUGGCUGAGAUGUACGAGCUCCGUAAAGCUCCCAAAGAUCUGCACCGCAUCAUUGCCAAAGCCUUGGAGAGAGGCUCACUGCUGGGCUGCUCCAUUGACAUCACCAGUGCCUUCGACAUGGAAGCAGUAACCUUUAAAAAGCUGGUGAAGGGACACGCUUACUCCGUUACAGGUCUUAGAGAGGUAAAUUUCCGUGGCCGCAGAGAGAGGCUCAUCCGCAUCCGUAACCCUUGGGGGCAAGUUGAAUGGACUGGAGCCUGGAGUGACAAUUCUUCUGAGUGGAACAGAAUUGACCCCGCAGAGAGAGAGGAAAUGAACAACCACAUGGAGGAUGGCGAGUUCUGGAUGUCAUUUGAGGAAUUCAAACGUCAGUUUUCUCGGCUGGAGAUCUGUAAUCUGUCCCCAGAUGCUCUGAGCGAAGAUACUCAAAAUUUCUGGAACACCAUUAAGUUUAAUGGCAACUGGAGGAGAGGAAGUACAGCAGGGGGCUGCAGGAACCACCCAAACACAUUCUGGAUAAACCCGCAGUAUAAGAUCACACUCUUGGAGGAAGAUGAUGAUCCUGAGGACGACGAUGUGGCCUGCAGCUUCCUGGUGGCCCUGAUGCAAAAGGACAGACGACGAUACCGCAAGCAGGGACAGGACAUGCACACUAUUGGUUUCGUCUUAUAUGAGGUGCCAGACGAGUUUUGUGGUUCCCAGAGCGUUCACCUCAAGAAGGACUUUUUCUUGCGUCAGUCGUCUUGCGCGCGCUCAGAGACGUUCAUUAACCUGCGUGAGGUGAGCGUGCGGCUCAAGCUGCCUCCAGGUGAGUACCUCAUUGUCCCCUCCACUUUCGAGCCUGGAAAAGAGGCCGACUUCGUCCUGCGAGUCUUCACAGAGAAACAGUCAGAAACACAAGAGAUGGAUGAUGAGGUUUCAUUUAACCUGGAUGAGGACGAGGAGAUCUCAGAAGCGGACAUUGAUGAUUCUUUUAAAGCCAUGUUUGCUCAGCUGUCAGGCGAGGAUAUGGAGAUUUCAGUUUAUGAGCUCAGGACUAUUCUGAACCGAGUGAUAUGCAAACACAAGGAUCUUAAGACAGAUGGGUUCGGUAUGGAGUCAUGUAGGUGUAUGGUCAGCCUGAUGGAUAAAGAUGGCAGUGCACGUCUGGGAAUUGUGGAGUUUCAGAUUCUGUGGAAUAAAAUCAGAAAGUGGCUGGGCAUUUUCAGACAAUUUGAUCUGGAUAAAUCGGGCACCAUGAGCUCGUACGAGAUGCGUCUGGCUGUGGAGUCAGCAGGCUUUAAGCUCAAUAACAAGUUGCAUCAGAUACUGGUGGCUCGAUAUUCUGAUGGAGAAACGAUUGACUUUGACAACUUUGUCUGUUGCCUGGUCAAAUUGGAGGCUAUGUUCAAGGCUUUUACAGAGCUGGACAGAGAAGGAAAAGGGGUUGCAGAGCUCAAUAUCAGUGAGUGGCUGUACAUGAGCAUGUGUGGCUGAUGUUUGGUGUAAUUCAUAUUAAGCUGAACUGGAAAGGAAGACACAUCAACACUCCACAACUACAGCUUUACAGUCAUUACACCCAAAGAUGCCCGAGCAAUACAGUACAUGCGCCUUAAAACACAUGAACGGCACCCGAGCUUCUGCUUUUGCCCAAAAAAGAAGGGACCUCCUCAUAAUGCAAGAUGUAUUCUACACCACUAAACUGACCACUACAUUAAUAAGGCCAGUUAAUCUUUGGUGAUAUCAUUUCAGAGAUGUAAAUGCGAUGGAAAUAAUUAUUGCUGCAUUUCAGAGAGCCAAUUAACACAGCUUUGUAAUGAACUGCAUGGCAAUAACCCUGUGUUGUAUCUUGCAUAUAUAGUGCUGUGUAUUUGAUGAUGGUAGUUUAACUUUGCCUUUAUGCACCAUUUAUGCCUUGGUGUCUUUAAAAAUACAAUUUACAUUUUGUUUCCAGAGUUCAUGUUAAUGCUACGAUUCAGCUUUUAUCACUGUGAUUCAAUGCUUAAUAAUCAAAUUAUUAUAUUAAAAAACAGUAACUCAAGCUAGAGCAUUCAGGGAAUUUUGCUGCACUAAAUUCUAAAUAUAAAAUAAAAGAUCAUAUUUGA